GUGAUAGUUUAUUCGUCUAGGGACUGUGAUGUUUUCAAUAAAACUACGUCGCGGGUUAUAAAUGUCGGAAAUGUUACCUUUGAUAACGAAACUGGAUUCCGGUUCCCGUUCAAAGCGCCUACGAACAAAAUCUAUCUAACCAUUGAGGCAUGGGACCAUGACAUUGUUACAAAUGACGAUUUCAUUGGUCGUGUUGAAGGCCUUACGCUCAUUGAAGACAUAAACGGCCAUGCAACUCCACUUAAUCUUCGUCGCUCUAGCACUUUCUACAAGAAUGAUUUCAGGUACAUCUUUGGUAAAUGCAUCGAUGACAAAAGUAUGCAAUUCCGGAUUUACUGGAUCCCUAUUGGCGGCGACGGGAGGUCUAGCCAUAGGAAUACUGGUGCUCAAAACAACAGUGGCCACUUAGAAGCUAAUCCGCGGUGUGCGAGGGCUCGCGAGCUCAUUGGGGGUGAAGUCUGUCUAAACGGCGGUACCUGCCGUGACAGUUCAGACGGAACCAGCUACGACUGUUACUGUCGUCCCGGCUACAAUGGAUUACGGUGCGAACUUCUGGAUCCGUGCUUUAACAUAACCUGCAGUGGACACGGUCAGUGUCGACAGAUUGGAUCGAAUUUAAAUAAUUUCAUAUGUGAAUGCGAGCCUGGAUGGAGGGGCGUGUUAUGUGACAUCUCGUUUUUGAGCGCCUGUGAGUCGGCCUUCUAUAGUUUACCCAAAGACCAACUCUCUAUCUGUCUGCAUGGAGGCAUUUGCGUUGAGCAUUACGACGGCUCUGGCUUCCACUGUCAGUGUGCGAGUGGAUGGAUGGGCGAGCGUUGUGAAACGCAUUUUACACAGACAGCAGCGUUUAUUGCCCCUCUGGUGGUGAUUUCAUCGCUCCUAACUGUAACAGGGAUUUGUGUUUAUGUGUACAAGAACUUCAGGCUGAAGCUAAUUACAAACGCCAAGGACUCGAAAUUUCACGUUGGUCCAGACGUUGGUAGAGGUGGUUUUCCUACCAACACGUACCGGGCCGUGAACGACAAAGCCGAGUCGUGUGGGGCGAGGAAUUCGAUCUAUGCCACGGUGGACAGGAACUGGCUUGCCAAAUAG